AUGGCCUUAAAACUUGAUCUUUCUAAGGCCUUUGAUAGGCUGGAAUGGAAUUUUAUAAUGUUUGUUUUCAAAAAAUUUGGUUUUUCGAAUGAUUUCUGUGAAUUAGUUUAUAGAUUCACAGAGGAAUUAGUUUAUAGAUUCAAAAAAUCUGUCUCGUCGUCCGUGCUUGUUAAUGGUUAUCCGGGGGGAAAAUUCUUUCCUACUAAAGGAAUUAGGCAGGUUGACCCUAUGCCUCCUUAUAUAUUUAUCAUUUGCAUGGAAGCUCUUUCUAAGCUUCUUAUUCAUGCGGAUAGUACUGGCAAGGUUACUGGUAUAAAGGUUAAUAAAAAGUGUCCGUCUGUUUCUCAUUUAUUUUUUGCAGAUGAUUCUUUUCUAUUUACUACUGCUAAUAUAAUUCAAGCUAGGAAUUUAUUGGAUACUCUUAGAAUUUUUAGUGAUUCCUCAGGUCAGGUGGUAAAUUACCAGAAGUCUGGCAUUUAUUUUAGUAAAAAAGUUGAAAACGAACAUUGUAAGUUGCUUGCCAGAAUCCUUAAGGUUGGUAGAAUCACUAAGGAUGACACCUACCUAGGUACUCCUUUAUUUUUCAAUAGAUCCAAGAGCUUCAAUUAUCAGAAUAUGCUUGAUAGAGUUUACAAUAGAGUUCAAGGAUGGAAAGCAAAAUUUUUGUCACAAGCAGGUAGAACCACUCUGAUCUGCUCAGUCACUAGUGUUAUGCCUAUGUACCAAAUGAUGUGUUUCCUGCUUCCCAAAAAAACCUUAGAUAAACUUGAUGCUUUGCAAAGAGACCUCUGGUGGCAGAAAAACAAAAAUAAUGGAGGCUUAUACAUUAAAGUGUGGGAAUUCAUUUGUACUAGUAAAGCUAAUGGAGGGCUGGGAAAUGGUAAAAAUAUUGAAGUUUGGUCAAAAAAAUGGCUCCCUCGUGGUGAAACUCCUAAACCAAAGAAUAAUGAAUGCAUACAACUUGUUUCUAAAGUGUCUGACUUAAUUAAUAAUGAAGGAGGUACAGGUUGGUGUUCUAGUCCAGAAGAAGUAGAAUCCAGAGCCUGUCGAGAAGCAACUAGAUGGAUGCGCAACAGAGGAAAUGAAAGAAUAAUCUUCCUUAAUGAUAAUCAGAACGUGAUAAACAACAUUAAGAGGAACAAUUUUGCAGUAAAUUGGACUUCGAAAGCUAUCCUUAGGCAAGCUUAG